GCUGCUGCUGCUGCACGGGGACGCAGUAAAGCUGGACUCGGUUCGGAUAUGACUCACGUCUGUCUCAUCGAGCCUUGCCUGCUGCCUGCUCUUUGCACAGCUCUUCGGAUGAAUCUUCGGCGGCUAACUUGUUUAGUGGUUCCCAUCUCUGACUUGUGAGAAUUUCUGAACAGAAUCAUCAGGACAGCUCAUCAUCCGUUACUGAUUAGAAAGAUCUGCUCCAGGAAGAGAAGUCGAAGUUUCUUGUUGGGUGACCCACACUCCUUCACAGGGGUCAUGGAGGAGGACGGGCAGAAGAGCUUGGAGUGUAUCCAAGCCAAUCAGAUCUUCCCCAAAAAGUCUCCUGUCCUGGAGGAGGAGAACAUGCAGGUGCCCUUCCCUGAGCUGCAUGGGGAGUUCACGGAGUAUGUCGGGAGAGCAGAAGAUGCCAUCAUUGCGAUAUCCAGCUACCGCCUCCACAUCAAAUUCAAAGAGUCUGUUGUCAAUGUCCCUCUUCAGCUCAUCGAGAGUGUGGAGUGCCGUGACAUGUUCCAGCUCCAUGUCACCUGUAAGGACUGUAAAGUUGUCAGAUGUCAGUUCUCAGCCUUUGAGCAGUGUCAGGAGUGGCUGAAGCGCUUGAAUGCAGUCGUGCGCGCACCCUCACGCCUGGAGGACCUCUUCUCCUUUGCUUUCCAUGCCUGGUGCAUGGAGGUGUACGCCGGGGAGAAGGAGCAACACGGCGAGCUCUGUAGACCAGGUGAACAUGUGACCUCGUGGUUCAAGAACGAGGUGGAGAGGAUGGGCUUUGACACUCAAAACGCCUGGAGGAUAUCUGACAUUAACAGCAAGUUCAGACUUUGCCCCAGCUAUCCCCAGCAGCUCCUUGUGCCGGCCUGGAUCACUGACAAGGAGCUGGAGAAUGUGGCAGCUUUCCGCUCCUGGAAGAGGUUUCCUGCUGUGGUUUAUAGGCACCUGAGCACAGGAGCGGUGAUCGCCCGCUGCGGCCAGCCGGAGGUCAGCUGGUGGGGCUGGAGGAACGCCGACGACGAGCACCUGGUCCAGUCUAUUGCCAAGGCCUGUGCUGUGGAUAGCAGCUCACGCAAACAUGUUCCCAAUGGCACCUACACCAAUGGCACAGACCUGCCUGAUUCUGAUUUCGAGUCCUCCAUGACCAACAGUUCAGAGGUAGAGACACUCGCCAUCCAGCCCCACAAGUUACUGAUCCUUGAUGCCCGCUCCUAUGCUGCCGCUGUGGCAAACAGGGCCAAGGGGGGAGGCUGUGAAUGUCCAGAAUACUAUCCAAACUGUGAGGUUGUAUUCAUGGGCAUGGCCAACAUCCACUCCAUCCGUAAGAGUUUUCAAUCUCUGCGUUUCCUCUGUACUCAGAUGCCUGAUCCAGCCAACUGGCUUUCUGCACUGGAGAGCACCAAGUGGCUGCAGCACCUGUCCCUGCUGCUGAAAGCAGCGCUGCUGGUGGUCAAUGCUGUGGACCGGGACCACAGGCCCGUCCUGGUGCACUGCUCAGACGGCUGGGACCGUACACCCCAGAUUGUUGCACUGUCAAAGCUGCUGCUGGACCCGUAUUACCGCACCAUAGAGGGCUUCCAGGUUUUGGUGGAAACUGAGUGGCUAGACUUCGGCCACAAAUUUGCUGAUCGUUGUGGCCACGGGGAAAACUCUGAGGACCUGAACGAACGCUGCCCCGUCUUCCUGCAGUGGCUCGACUGCGUUCACCAGCUGCAGAGGCAGUUCCCGUGCUCCUUCGAGUUUAAUGAAGCCUUCCUGGUGAAACUGGUGCAGCACACCUACUCCUGUCUGUUCGGAACCUUCCUGUGCAACAGCGGUAAAGAGAGGGAGGACCGCCACGUUCAGGAGAGGACGUGCUCCGUCUGGUCCCUGCUGAGGCCAGCAAACCGCACCUUGAGAAACAUGCUGUACUCCUCGCACUCCGAGACCGUUCUCCACCCCGUGUGUCACGUUCGCAAUCUGAUGGUUUGGACAGCAGUCUACCUGCCCAGCUCCUCCCCCACCACGCCUCCAGAUGACUCCUGUGCCCCGUACCCUUUACCCGGGGCCAACCCCGAGGAUGCACCCCUGGGCAGAUGUACGAAGACUCGCUCCUUUGAUAACAUACCCAGUGCGUGUGAACUGGGAAACGUACUGGCUCCAAACCGGCGUUCCAGUGACCCGAGUCUGAAUGAGAAAUGGCAGGACCACCGGCGCUCUCUGGAACUCAACAUGGCAGUGGGACCAGAGGAUGACGGCAGCCAGGAUCAGGACAUGUGGUGUAAUGGGCAUUCGGGUGUGGGGACGUACCUAGAUGGCACUGACACCGAGAUUGAUGUCAGUCCUCAGACUCAGGAUGCAGACGUGGUGCUCAGACAGGGAUGUUCUGUCAGCUCAGGGACUGCUAGGGAGGAAGUGGAUGAAGCAGAACUUUCUGUUGCAGUGGGAGUAGCUGAAGGCCAGAUGGAGAACAUUCUUCAGGAAGCCACGGAGGAGGAGGCAACAGCAGAUAUUUACAGAGACUGCAGGGCUGCUGUCACACAGAUUAAGAGUGGGGACACUGAGUUGGAACAAAAAGCAAAAAUUGAAGGAGAAGAGUCGUGUGCUAACUUGCAGAGCAGAAAACUGAUCUUGAAUCAUCACAGUCCAGAAAAUGAUGUUGCGGAAGCUGAGGAGGACGGUGCUUCUCCAUCAAGCCCCCCUCCUCCCACACAGACGGCAGUGGAACACGAGGUAAAGGCAGCAGAGGAGGUUAUGCUGUCAGAGGAUCUGGUAACGCAAGGUCUUGAGAACUGUUCUGUUCAAGAAGACCUUGCACACACACACGGUCAGACGUGCUCAGCUGAGUCAGAAUGGACUGUGACCUAUAGAACUAUUACCAGUGGAUUUUCCAACAGGUCACCAGAAGAGCCUGGUGCUGAUGACGAGUCCAGCCCUGACCAUGAGUCCCAAAGAGAUGUCUCAGCGGAGCAGGUUGAGAAGAAGGCCACCCUGAUGGAAAGCUCCACAGAGACUGUGACUGAAGAGGCCUGCAGCAGGUUGGAGCUUCCCGCACCACCGCCUCUUUGUUUGGGAUCUCAACCCUGCACCGACAGCAGGAGCCAAAUCCCAUGUGCCCGGAAAGAGAAGCCACCAGAGACCAUUGAACAUGGCUUCAUCAGUACUUUAAACGGGGGUGGUAAGCGGCCCUCAGUCAGUGCCUUUCAGAGUGGGGGUGCCGACCUCAGCAGAGACGGGGUUUGUAAUGGCGACAGCUCUGACGGCGAGCCCUGUGGAGGCCCUCACUGGACUAAAUCGAGUGGGGAGCGAGCCCCGCUGAGUCGGCAGGUUUCCCUCGCAAGCUGCAACUCCCUCAUCCUCCACCCACGGGGCAGCUGCUCCCAGUACCGCUGGUGCCACAUCCUCCCGGGGCGUGCAGCCAUCAGCCCGGAGCAGCCGUCCCGCAGCCACCUGGACGACGACGGGCUGACACUUCACACAGACACUAUCCAGCAGAGACUGCGACAGAUCGAGGCAGGCCACCAGAUGGAGGUGGACACUCUGAAGAAGCAGCUGCAGGAGUUACGGAGUCGCCUGGAGAUUCAGCAGCACAUCAGCUCCCACAGGAUCAAUGGAGACAUAGGGGAUGAGGUGACCUCCAUAACGGACUCAGAGUGCAACCUAGACCCCAACUGUUUGUCGCGAUGCAGCACGGAGCUCAUCUCUGAUUCCAGCUGGGAGCAGGUGGACAAGCAGGAUGCUGAGAUGACUCGAUGGUACCCGGACCAUUUGGCCGCUCAGUGCUACGGCUGUGAGAGCAGGUUCUGGCUCGCUACCAGGAAGCAUCACUGCAGUGGCAAGGAGCCUGUCCAGGAGAUCUGGAACUGCGGUAACGUCUUCUGCACCAGUUGCUGUGACCAGAAGAUUCCGGUGCCAAGUCAGCAGUUAUUUGAGCCGUGUCGUGUCUGCCGGACCUGCUACAGCACGCUGCAGCUCAACGGGACUCCACGAGACCUGCAACUGGAAAAACCCAUCACAGCCAGCUCCACCUAGCCUGCAGGGGGUGCAGACGGUGGCAGGCUGCUGAAGGAGAGCGCGAAAUGUCCCCCCAAAUUUUGUGUGCUGCAGACAUGUAAACUUGAGGUGUAUAUAAAGGGGCUAAUGCGGCGUGAUUUCAAGCGCUCUUUAUGGUGGGUGAGUGUAUGAGAGGGGAGACGCACACAUUUGCCACACGGGGAGCUGUGGCAGUAAAUGGGGCGAGAAUGGGUAUGUAGUGUUGAGCAGAGCGGAGUCGCCUCGGUGUGACUGAGGACUCUCAAAGGGUUUUUGGUUUUCAUCUCUUGGCUUCUGCAAAUUCUGUAUCAAGAUGAUCAGGAGUCGUGUGGAAAAACGAAAUAUCUGAUGGGCAAAUUGAUUUCAGAAACCUCUGAGUGCUUCAUUAAAAUCUUUGUCCUGUGGGCUGAGAUUUAACAGUCUUUGUAGCUUUUGGCAGUGACUGGCCAAACAUAUUGCACACACAACUCGUACAAAUCAGGAAGUUUUUAUUAUUUUAUUAACAAACGAACAUAUGUUAAAGUCUGAAUUCAGUCCAAAGUAUCUAUGAACUAUGUCAGCAUCAGAGCUUCCUUGUUCAAUCACAAACACAGUUU